GAAAGGUUUAUUUUGGUCUCCCCUGGAGUCGGAGUGAACUCUAACUCUCAGACUAAUCCUCGGUGAGUGUACUGUAAUGAGAAGCUCUGAGUCUCCUGGAGCUCGGUCUGAGUUCAUUUGGCUGAAGACAGAAGAGGAAACAGGACGCAGCUGCUGCUGCUGCUCUGCUGUCGCUGCUGCUGUUGCUGCUGCUGCUGCUGCUCAGGGACAAACCCUGUGCUCCUGCUCUUUGUUUGUAAUCUUUGGUUCCUCCUGCUCUUCCUCACUGAAGAAACUCUCCGCCUGUCCUCCUUUGUCCAGUGAAGGGACUCGGCAGCAGCAGAACAAUGGCUGCCAUCAAGGCUCUGGAGCAGUGGUGUAAAACGCAGUGUGAUGGAUACAGAGAUGUGGCCAUCACUAACAUGACCACGUCGUUCAGGAAUGGAAUGGCUUUUUGUGCACUCAUACACAAGUACAGACCGGACCUCAUAGACUAUGAGUCACUGAAGAAGGAUGAUGUGUUCGAGAACAAUAGAUUGGCGUUUCAGAUUGCGGAAGAGAGGUUGGGAAUCCCUGCUUUGUUAGAUGCAGAAGACAUGGUGGCCUUAAGGAUCCCAGACAGACUGAGCAUCCUCACCUACGUUUCCCAGUACUACAACUACUUCAACGGACGCCCCCCGAUGGGCGGUGUGAAAAGGCCGGCUGAGGGCUCCAGGGAGGAACCAUCAGAGAAGAAGAAUCUCCCGGUAGUUGCCAAAACCUUUGUGCCUAAAAUCAGCGCUGAGAAUCGUGUAAACUCCACCGUCUCAGCUUCAGCCUCAGCCACAGCGACAAGAGCUCCGGACCAGAAGGCUGUUUUGGCAGAAAGUGCGAACAAAAAUGGAACUCUGAACAGCAAGUGCAUCGCAUGCAAGAGUCACGUUCACCUGGUUCAGCGACACUUCGUGGAAGGAAGGCUGUACCACAGAAGCUGCUUUAAAUGCAGUGAAUGCCUCAGUGUGCUUCACGCAGGAGGCUACAAACCAGGCAAGAGCGCAGACACUUUCGUCUGUAAGAAAAGUUGCAAAACUUCUCCCUCCAAGGCCGCGGCCGAGAAUCGACUCACCGGCUCAGUCCUGCAGUCAAGCGGGGUUGUUCAAACCCAGCCUGCUCCACGCCCCACCGCCGUGCCGCCUGCUGCUCCGACUGUUGCGCCAAAACCACCGGGUCUGACUCCACCUCCUCAAUCCUGGACGUCGUCAGCGCAGAAGACGCAGGUGGCACGUCAAAGGUUUUUCCAGGCCGCGCCGUCGACGUCUGAGGCCUCGGCAGAAAGGACGAGGCCUGCAGAUCCAUCAGGGCACAAACACGUCCGGCCGAGCGCUGUCGAUGAGAAGAGCAGUGGCAGGGCCAUGACGGGAAAGACACUGGCAAACCGCAACAACAACAACAACAACAACAACACGUACAGAUUCACCGUCCGCUCAGCAGAGAGACGGUUUGGAAAUGAGCCAAGUCCAACUGAAUGGUCCGGAAAAGAUAAAUACAGCCAAGAAGCAGCAGGAAGCUUCGCGGGACGAGUCUCUACCAGUCAGAGCAACAAUGAGAAAUCACCGCAUCUAGAAGAGAUCGGCGACGACAACAGGAGGUCGAGAAGUGUUCAGUCAGAAGUCAAAGAUCCAGUUGGUGGUGGAAGCCAAUCGAGCCUUAAACCAAUGAGCCCAGAGCUUUGUAUUAAAGAUGAUGAAGUGGAAACUUCCACUGAACGACAGGAGCCUCAGCUCAUGUCCUCACCGUCCUCUGACGUCUCCAACGCGACCAUACAGCUUCCAGUGUUCCAGCUAACAACACAGCCUCCGUCUGUUGCAUUUAAUGCUGUCAACUUAAUGGACAUUCCUGCGGAAAAACCUCAGCCAACCUCUGGAGGUCAGUUUUCAGGUUUUAAACCUGCAUGUCACACACCUGUUAAAGUUCCGACCAGACGGUCAGCUGUGGAGUCAUUUGAAAUUUCAGCGACUGCUGCUGCUAAUCAUGGAAAUGUGUCACGUGCUAAAAAAGGAAAGUAUGUGUCAGCAGCUAGCACGUCCAGAGCUAAUAGGAGAACUCCCUCAGUCACAUCUCACCAUGUUACAAUGCAGCAGAUAGAAAAACAACUCUGUGACAUCGAAACAAACCUGGUUCAUCUGGAGAAGCAGGGUGUGGAGCUGGAGAAGAAACUCCGCAGCUGUGAAGAAGGGGGAGAGGGAGACGUGUUGAUGGACCCACUGAUGAUCGAUUGGUUCAAUCUGAUACGGAAGAAGCAGAUGUUCAUCAGAAAAGAAUCGGAGCUGGUUUACAUAGCCAGGACUCAGGAGCUGGAGCAGCAGCAGCCUAGUGUGGAGGAAGAACUACGCAGACUGCUGGAGAAGCCCGAUGAUUUGAAGUCUGCAGAGGAGCAGCAACAGGAGACGCUGCUGAUGGAGAGGCUGAUGGAGAUUGUGAAUGGCAGAAAUGCCAUAGUUGAAGGUUUGGACAAGGACAGACUCAGAGAAGUAGAGGAGGAUCAGCAACUGAACGAAAUGAUGAGAAAUCUUGGAGUUAAGAAAAGCAAAAGUAAGAGGAAAUCCUCCAUCUCCAAACUCUUCAGACGGAGAAGUAAAAGAAGAGUUGAAUGAGGUUCCAGAGUUUUUAUUUUAUUAUUGUUAAAUUCAAUAUUCUGGGUUUUUUUUUAACAUUUGUUGGGUCAAUAAUUGUGUUUAAGGAAAAAAUAUAUAUUUACUCCAAUUAGGUUUUAUUUACCCAACUCUUCUCAUUAAUUAAAUACAUUUAAUUUUGUUUUUUAUUUGUUUAAGGGACAUCAAUCAAUCAAUCAUUACAACAAAUACAAAAAAGAAAAAAAAACCAGUGUUAGCUGGAAGGCUAAUUUUCAUCAGUUGUCCUCUAGCCAGCUGUUAAAAUGCAUUAUAAAAUUCCACCUAUCAAUAAACCAAAUACUUUCCUUGGUUUGGAGGAAAAUAUAUUAUUCACAGAACUUUAUUAUUUAUGUAAAAAUCUCAGCUAUUGUAUUUUGUCCUAGCUCACUGAACUAUUUAUGGAUUAGCCAUCAGUGAUUUUUCAAUUACUCUUGAGUUACUUUAAAAGACAGAUAUUUAUUCAUGUAUUUUUGGAAAAACACAGAUAUAUUUUAUUAUAGCAAAAUUGUUAUACAAUAUUUUUUUGUUUUACAGCAAAGUAUUCAGACUUUAUAUUACGUACUGUAUUCAUAUUUUAUCAAACCUCUCUUCAUAUAUUCACCUAUUUAGCUAUCAAGACUAUUGUAGCUAAUCACUAAUUAUCUUCAGAUAAAUUUUUAAAGUCUUGGUUCACUUACUG